AUGGCCACCAAUGCAAAACGUGGGAAUGAUCCAUCAGGUCAGCAUGUUGAUAUCACUUUAUAUAGAAGUAUGAUUGGGUGUCUAUUGUAUUUGACUGCUAGUCAUCCUGAUAUAGCUUUUAGUGUUGGUGUUUGUGAGAGAUUUCAAGCUAAUCCAAAAGUAUCACAUUUAAAUGUUGUAAAAAGAAUAAUCAAAUGUGUUAGUGGUACUUGUGAUUUUGGGUUGUUUUAUAGCAAAGAGUUUAAUGUCUCUUUUCCUAGUUAUUCAGAUGCUGAUUGGGCUGGAAAUACUGAUGAUAGGAAAAGCACCACUGGUGGGUAUUUUUAUAUGGGAACCAACUUGGUUGCUUGGAUGAGUAAAAAGCAAAAUUAUGUCUCUCUAUCAUCUGCAAAAGCAAAAUAUAUAGCUGCUGGGAGUUGUUGUUCCCAACUUCUUUGGAUGAAGAAACUUUUAGGUGAUUAUGGUUUAUCACAGGAAACUAUGGUUAUCUAUUGUAAUAAUUCUAGUGCUAUUGAUAUCUCUAAGAAUUCGAAUGCUGACAUCUUUACCAAACCACUUGAUAGAAGCAAGUUUGAGUCUUUCCGUCGAGUGAUUGGUGUACUCACAUUGGUGUAA